AUGGCCAGCUCGGGCGGGCUGGGUCGCUUCCAGAUCACUGGGAAAGAAAUGGGGAAGAUGCGGGGAGAGGGGCCAAACAGCGCGAAGGGUCCAUCCGAUGAACUGCUAGGGAGCCUGGAGACGGGGAUGAGGAACGCGGAUGCCGCCGAGGCCAAGGAAUUCUGGCGAUUCAGCUCUCGGUGCGGCGCAUACAACUGCGCGACCAGCCAAAAAGCGCUGGACCUGCAGCCAUCCGCCGGCCAGUUGCUCGGCGGUCCUGGCCCGGAGGUCGCUGACCCCCAGAUGUCCUCAUGGGCCUCGCAGCUUUCCGUCAUGUGCGGUGUCGUCGACAUCUCGAACGGGUCAGCUCCCCCUCACCACCAUCUGGAGAGAACAAUCGACGCAGACACCGGUGUCGCCGUUGACAUGGAGUCGGAGGAUGCGCAGCAGAUCUGUUCUAGCGGCAAGGGAGGCCGUGCGAUGCCUGCUCCCAGUCUCAUCAUGGCCGUAAACCGCUUCGAGACGACCCUCUGA